AAUAAAGAGUCAUAACUUUGUGAGGUUGAGCUGAUGUUUUAAAACUAGCUGCUAGUAGUUUCGUUAGAAAGGUUGACUCAUAUAUAUAUAUAUAUAUAUAUAUAUAUAUAUAUAUUAUUACUAUUUUAUUUAUAUAUAAUUUGUGUGUUCGCGUGUUCAUUCACAAAGUUCAGGUCAUUUAUCACUUCCGCAGAUGAUGGCUGGACUUUUAUAACGACAGCACGUGAUGUAUUAGUGGUCUAAUAUUUGCAGUUUUGAGCCAUAAAUAAUCUGUUAUUGGUUUUGGAUCAUGUUCUUGGGAUCUGUGUUACUCAGACACCGUGCUGUUCAGAUCAGACAGCAUGUCGGAUCUCUUCCCUGGCUCAUGCAGACAUCUUCCUGUCUUUCCGCUAGAGGGAUCCACGCAGCUGGGAGCAGGAGCUCGUAUGAUGUUCGGAAAGUGGAGCUGACGCCUCUAGAGCAGAGAAAACUGACCUUCGACAGUCAUGCUCUAGUCAAAGAGCUGGAGUCUAACGGGUUUGAAAAAAAGCAGGCAGAGUUGAUCGUCAAUGCUCUGGUGACUCUCACAACAGCAAACAUGGACAUUGUGUACAGGGACAUGGUAACCGGAGCUCAUCAGGAAAUUGCUCUUCAGCAAAUUAUGGCUCAUUUGGAUUCCAUUAGGAAGGACAUGGUUAUUCUGGAGAAAAGUGAAUUUGCCAACCUGAGAUCAGAAAACGCAAAAAUGCAGAUUGAACUUGAACACAUCAAGAACAGACUGCUCGAGGAAAGUCAAAAAAUCAGAGCAGACACAAAGCUGGAUAUUAACCUUGAGCGAAGUCGUGUUACUGACAUGUUUACAGAGCAAGAGAAAAAACUGAUGGAAGUCAACUCUGAAUUUCACAAAAAGAAUGCUGAAAUUGAAACUAGCGCAAUUGAAACUACGAAGAAAAUAGACAUCGAAGUAGCUUCACUGAAAACACUCCUGGAGUCACUAAAGCUUCAGACGAUCCGCUAUCUCGCAGCAUGCAUAUUCUCCUGUUUGGCGGUUGCCCUCAGUGUCUACCGGUUUUGGAAGUAAACAAGUGACUUUGCAUUAAUAAAAAAUGUAACUGUAUUUUCACUCAUUGUAAUCAAAAUCUGUGUUGAAACAUCAGUGUCAAUAACCACUAAAAUAUCUGAGCAGUGUUUUUGAUCCAUAAAACAUUCGGCUUGUUCAUAAAUAUUUUGCCCCACCUAAA